AUGCUUGUCGGGGUGCUUGUUUUGUACAUCCUGUGCGCACCGCUCGCUGCUGUCGGAAGCAUUGCAAAGUACAGUAAGACUGUCGUGACCAAAAGGCGGCUGAGAGGCGACGAUGACACGUGGACGCGAUAUAAACCCACACCACCAGGGGCGCAACGUCUAUUUGAUAGUUUAGAUGAAAAUACGCCCCUUCCCAAACUUCCCAUUAAAACUCCGUUCUUCAGUUACGACAGUGUCGAAUGGUACGUUUCUCCUUAUGGGUUCCUCACCCUCACGGCGGUUCCCAUGUGCAACUCGUUCUGCAGGGAGGGUUUGGAUUCACCACUCACUGGCAGCUAUCGGUUUGCCCGAAGGAAUAUUUCUGAGGGCGGUGACUGGCCGUUAAUUGGGCUAUUUGUUGCUGACCUUGAUGUAACGAAUUUGGCAGGGGAUGCAGGCGUAUACUAUUACACACUGGAUGGUGAAGAAAACCCCACGAAGGUGAUCGUGGAAUAUAGAGACAUCCCCGUCCUGAAUUGCCAUGCUGACGGCAACGAACUACUGACCGCACAGGUUGAAAUUUCAACCGAUGGAGUUAUUGUAGCACGCUAUGAAAAGGUUCCAAGAUGCCGAGGCUCCGUGGGCAUCGUGUUGUCGAAGAGCCAGCGAGAUAUCGUACAGUUUAGGCAACGCGAAAUGGGUCUCGUCGCGGUACAGUAUACUCCCGUUCCUGAUACCUGUGGAGAGCGGAACGAAGGAUCAUGUUCUGAGACGUGUACGUGGUGUGCAGCAACAAGUAGCUGCAUGUCGGCGCCACUUGCAGGUGAAAUAUGCCCGAGAGUGUCUUCGAAUAGUUCGUUAAAUCAUAACCACUAUUACACCGUUACCGCAAAGACGGAAUCAGGGAGCACCCAAGGAGGCCAGUCAGGGGGUGAGCCACUGGAUACCACCGGUAGCAGUGUGAAAGUUCCCCUUCGUUUUGAGUUUCCUUUCUUCACAAAGGGUGUGGGGAAGCACAAAAUAAAUAGUGUGUAUAUACUCUCAUCUGGAGUUGUUUCGCUACUCUCCAACAAGCAAGACUGUGGUCCACUGAAGAAUGUGUGCAGCAACGGAAAUUACAGCUAUGCCAUCAUGCCAUUUGUUACGUCUCAAACAUGGGGCAAUUCAAACGCGGUGGUUUUGAGAAGAGAAAGCGAAUCCAUUACCAUUUUCAUAACGACUAGAUCCUUCGGUGAGCUAUACCACACGUACACGUAUUGGUUGCGCCUUGAAAAGAGCGGUGCUAUCACGUUUCACUAUCUGGCGUCUACUGUAGCAGGGUCGAGAGAAGCUUUGAGUGGGUUUUUCGCGUUCCCCCCACCGAUGAUUGGAGUCGCUCGUUACGGUAUGGGCGAUAAUGCAAGCAUGAUCGUUCCUUCCGCAGUGGCACGUCCAGGCACCACUGUGCGCUUCGAACCCCGGAAUGAGCACGACGACUGUGGAAUCAACGGGAGGUAUGAAAAUGGAGGGUGUGUGUGUUCAGAAGGAUUCCAAGGUAACUUCUGCGAUGAUUGCACUUCAGGUCAUUAUGGACCCAGGUGUACCAAAUGCCCCAACUGCCAGAAUGGGGGUGUAUGCGACAGUGGCCGAGGUGGAUCGGGCCGUUGCAAGUGCGCAUCCUCUUUUGGUGGGAAAAACUGCGAAAAGAAUUGCGGGAACAAGGGUUGCGUGAACUGCAAUUCUGUGGGGGGCUACUGUGACUGCGGCGUCUGCCGCUGCCAUGAGGAUAGUGGAUGGAGUGGUCCGGACUGUACCACCUUUGAAGAUCCGUGCCUGAAAUUCUCCCUUCAGGGUUGCGAUGCCUGCAUGAGUCAAGAAGAACACGGCUGUGCGUUUUGUGCUGAUGGCGCGUGCUAUUCUACGAAAUUGGAGGGAACCUCGCUUAGCCAUGCGUGUUCUUACAAGGCUGAGACCCGUGAUGCUCCAAUCUGUCAAAAAGUCCUGCAGAUUGCGCAGUCCGGCACUGACUUUGGCUAUAUAAUAUUUUUCGUCUUAUGCUUGAGCGCUAUUUCACUCGCUGUCAUCAUAUCCCUUCUAUCGCGCUACCUGAUGUAUGCGCGGAGAGUGGUUAAUGUCCACGUUGCCGCAGCUGCGGGAGGCGCUCCCGACUACGUUCCUGUUCGACGGGAGCGAGAAGUUGUGCAGGCUGGUUUUGUACCAGUGAACUUACCCAAGGGUAAAAAGUACGUUUUGGGUGUCCCACUGAAGCAGAUAUCGCUUCACAAACUGUAUAAGGAACAGCAGAAUGAAGGGUUCCCUAACAAGGAAUGA